CUUCGCGAUCACGUUUGCUUGUUUUCGUCGCGGAAGAAACCUCGUGUUACAAGAGUGGUGUGAUUAUUUUUCCAAAUUUUGGCUUGUUGUGGAAUUUUGAGCAAGUCCGUAGAAGAAAUUUGAGGAAACCAUGGCAGUAAGAGUGCAAUUCGAGAAUAAUAACGAAAUCGGCGUCUUUUCCAAGCUCACAAACGCGUACUGCCUUGUCGGCAUCGGCGGCUCGGAAAACUUCUACAGUGCCUUCGAAGUUGAAUUGGGCGAGACCAUUCCAGUCGUUCACGCAUCCAUUGCAGGCUGCAGAAUUGUCGGUCGUCUCACAGUUGGAAACAAAAAUGGACUCCUUGUUCCGAGUUCGACGACAGACCAAGAACUCCAGCAUUUGCGGAAUUCGUUACCCGACUCGGUCAAAAUUCAGAGAGUUGAAGAAAGGUUGUCCGCCCUUGGUAACGUCAUAGCAUGCAACGAUUACGUUGCCUUGGUUCACCCAGAUCUAGAUAGAGAAACUGAAGAAGUUUUAGCCGAUACUCUUGGUGUUGAAGUUUUCCGACAAACAGUUGCCUCAAAUGCCCUCAUUGGCACAUACUGCGUUCUCAAUGACCAGGGCGGCCUCGUCCAUCCUAAAACAUCCCUUGCUGACCAGGAGGAAUUAUCCUCUCUCCUGCAAGUUCCUCUUGUGGCUGGUACAGUUAACAGGGGGUCUGAAGUAAUUGCUGGAGGAUUAGUGGUCAACGAUUUCUGUGCAUUCUGCGGUUCUGACACGACGAGUACAGAGCUAUCGGUGAUUGAGAGCAUUUUCCACCUGAACGAAGCCAAGGCCAGCACAAUCAGCGGAGACCUCAGAGCAUCCCUUGUUGACAGUUUGGCUUAAAUUGGCGCGGCCGUAUCGAUCGAGGACUUCCGGUUAAGAAAGAAAUCAAUUGAAAGUAAUUUUCACCCAGGUGGGUUGGAAUUUUCCAAUGUUUUUACUUCAAAUGAUGCGAAGGAAAAUAAAAUGCAAAUCUUUUCAUUUGCGA